CCCAGGCUCAGCUCGCAACGCCCAGCUCCGGCGCUGCUCAGGCGGGAGGGGGCCAGCGGGGAGAUGUCGCAACUCUCUCCCUCCCUCUUUCCCCGCCUUGGCAUUCAGUCACCUCCCAGAUGAGCCCGCUCGCAGAAGGCUGCGGGCCGCGGGGUGCCCGGCAUGUCCCCUGAGUGCGCGCAGGCGGCGGGCACUGCGCCCGUGCGCAGCCUGGAGCGGGCCAACCGCACCCGUUUCCCGUUCUUCUCCGAUGUCAAGGGCGACCACCGGCUAGUGCUGAACGCCGUGGAGACCGUGGUGCUGGCACUCAUCUUUGUGGUGUCGCUGCUGGGCAACGUGUGCGCCUUGGUGCUGGUAGCGCGCCGACGGCGCCGCGGCACCACCGCCAGCCUGGUGCUCAAUCUUUUCUGCGCGGACCUGCUCUUCACCAGCUCCAUCCCGCUCGUGCUGGUCGUGCGCUGGACGGAGGCCUGGCUCCUGGGCCCGGCUGCCUGCCACCUGCUCUUUUACAUGAUGACCCUGAGCGGCAGCGUCACCAUCUUCACGCUGGCGGCAGUCAGCUUGGAGCGCGUGGUGUGCAUCCUGCGCGUGCAGCGCGGCGCGCGGGGCCCGGGGUGGCGGGCGCGGGCCGCGCUGCUCGCUUUGAUCUGGGGCUACUCGGCGAUCGCGGCGCUGCCCCUCUGCAUCUUCUUCCGCGUCCUCCCGCAGCGGUUACCCGGCGCUGACCAGGAAAUUCCGAUUUGCACACUGGUUUGGCCCAGUAUUGGCGGAGAAAUCACCUGGGAUGUGUCAUUUGCUAUUUUCAACUUCUUGGUACCAGGACUGCUUAUUGUGAUCAGUUACUCCAAAAUUUUACAGAUCACGAAGGCAUCCAGGAAGAGGCUAACGAUGAGCCUGGCCUACUCAGAGAGCCACCAGCUGCGCGUGUCCCAGCAGGACGUCCGGCUCUUCCGCACCCUCUUCCUGCUCAUGAUAUCCUUCUUCAUCAUGUGGAGCCCUAUCAUCAUCACCAUCCUCCUCAUCCUGAUCCAGAACUUCAAGCAGAACCUGGUCAUCUGGCCGUCCCUCUUCUUCUGGGUGAUGGCCUUCACCUUUGCCAACGCGGCCGUCAACCCCAUUCUCUACAACAUGUCCCUGUUUAGGAACGAGUGGAGGAGGUUUUUCCACUGCUGCUUCUUGUCGGAAAAGGGAGCCAUGUUGACAGACACGUCUGUCAGGAGAAAUGAUCUGUCUGUUAUUUCCAGCUAGUUCGUUUUUCUCUACAGGCAUCUAUGUGUUCCCCCUCUGGCCAGCCAUGGUGUGUUUUCAAAGGGAGAUCGUUUCCAUGACCCUCGGCACCAGGGUACCUGCUCUCAGAAAAUGUAACCUAUGCCCAUUUUCAGCACUGGUAAAUUAAGAGGUGAUCAUUCAGUAUAACAGUUUUAUCCUGUAUAGAAGGAUUUGCUGUGGGUUCCUUUUCAAUGUGAACUUCGGUGUGGAAUAUAAUUAAUUGUACUAAUUUUUGUUUGUGACUAUUCAGCAAUCUCAUCUCCUAUAUGUAAAGCCGCGCUAUGCAGGUUUCUGAAGUGAGGCUUGGAUUCAUGACUCAGUCUUCCCCUCCAAAGAGUCACAGCCACCCUCGCUCCCCACCCUGGACUUGCAAGGCCGCAGGGUCAUUCAUCAGUGUGAAGAGUGCUUGAGGAAUUUCCAAGGAACAAGAAAUUAAUUUCCGAGGACUUAAAGGUGACUUUGUUCAUCACUGAUAAUAGGAGAAGCUUUGUCAUAAAGUCACAGAGGAGGUCGGAUGACCUCAAACAUUCGAAAGUCAGAGCAGGAGUGACUCCCUUCCUUGAUCCACCUGUCAGAUGCCUCUUAAGCACGUGCUGAGGCUUAAGCCUGACCAAUGACGUGGUCAGUGUUCUUGGUGGUGGGAAUACAGCAGUGAACCAGACAUCCACGGACCGUGUCCUCAGGGAGCUCACUUACCUUCCAGACGGGGCAGAGAAACACCAAACAUGUCAAUAGAUCAUAUAGUAUUUCAGAGUGAAUUAACAUUGUGAAGAAAAUGGGACAGUGAUGACAAUUUAGAUGGAGUGUUGAAGGGCCUGGGAAGACCUUUCUGAGGGGUGAUAUUUGAGCCAAAAGGGCAAACCACAAGAAGGAACCAGUCAUGUGAGUCCGGGGAAUGAGGCUUUGCAGAUGGAGCAGACCCUGGUGCUGGUGCUAAGAGGCUUGUGUGCUUGUGGGACAGAAAGACCAGUGUGAACAAAGCGAACUAUUGGCUGAGCCUCCUCUAGGCCAGGCCCUGUCCUUGAAACCAGAACAGAGGGAUGCUCUGCUGGAGGCCAUCAAUGGAGAAGAGAAGGGUUACAGAGCUGGCUUAUACCGGGCUAGGGAGGUUACCAUCGGAAUUUGUUCUGUGUUCAGUGGGCAGCCACUGGAGAUUUGCAUUUGGAUGCGGAUAUGACCUGCUAUUUGUUUUUAAAUAUUACUGUGGUUGCCCUGUUCAGGAACUGCUUUGUGGAGCAAGAAUGAAAAUGGACACCUAUUAGGCAGCUGCCAAAGUAAAGAAGGAAGAUGGGGAAGUUGGAGGCGGAUGACAUCGCUGUUGUUGUUUAGUCAUGUUCAACUCUGCACGACCCCAUGGACUACAGCACACCAGGCUACCCUGUCCCUCACCAUCUUCCAGACAUCAGUGGGGGAUUGUGAGAAAUGAUCUUGGGCAUACUUUGGGAAGGCAGAGCAAACAUGAUUUAUUGAUUGACAAGAUACAGAAUGUGAGGGAAAGAGAGGAUUCAGCAGAGACUCCUGACAGCCAUAGGAUGGAAGGCAGGCAGCAAAAAGGAGAAGGCUAGGAGGAUGAGAGGUAGAAGAACCAAGAGUUUCAUUUGGGGCAUCUGCAUGUGAAACCCCAGUGAGAACCAAAUGGAGAGCCGGUAGGUGGAUGCAGGGCUGUGGGAUACAGGCCCGAAGAGCAGUGUUGGGAGUCAUCAGACAGUGUUUGCAGAUCUAUGGUUUUAUGAAAUAAAGAGAGAAGAAACCAUAGCCAGAGAGAACCCAGGGACACGCCAGCACCUGGAAGCUGGGAGAAUGGCUGGAACAGUAGCUCAGGGCCUGGUGCAUAGUACGAGCGCAACCAAUCUUUGCACCGAGGAAGUUGGAGCCAGUAGCUGUCUCUGUUGGUGGAAUUUCUUGAGCAGCUCACUUUCGAAGUAAGAUUUAUCACAGGCUUGAGGACAAGAGGACAGGGAUCCUUUGUUCAUCUUUAGUUAAUAAAUUUGGUCAAUUAAAGUUGCCUUUUGAAGCGAUGUGCGACUGUCUUACAGAUCUCUGGGGUGACAGCCACUGCUGAAGAGUCUAGCUCUGGCAGCCCCUUUCUGAUGAAUGACAGGCAGAGCUCUCCUGUGUGUGUUCCCCCGCCUCCUCCCCCUUUGGUGGAAGAACAAAGAACAGUGAUUCAGGGCCCUGGGAACCUCAUGGCCCCUUGAUAUGGCAGCACCCCGGCAGAGGUCUCUGCACACACGGGAGGUUCCCUGCCUCCGGACACACCUCAUCAACGUCAGCCUGGCACCCGCCAGUGUUUGCACAGCUCCUAAGUGCUCUAACUGAACCCUCACUGCAGCCCAGCAGGUGGACACUGCUUCCCCAUAUUUCACAAGAGGAGAGUGAGGCUCAGAGAAAUCAUACAAUCAGCCCCCAGUCAUACAGCUAAUUAUAGCUGAGCUGCAUUUUGAUGCAAAACCAAGACUCUGGUACCAAAGCCUUGAUGCCUUUUCAAGAUGAUAAAAGGCUCCUAGGAGCUCCUGGGAAAUUGAGGCAUACGACUUUGCACGCAGUUAUAUUAUAAAUUAGUGUUUACAAGUGCUGCUGAUGGUAUAAGACACUGGUGUACUUCGCCAGGCCUGGCUACUUCCACCCCCAUCACCCGGACACUCCAGGUAGGGGGUGCCAUGAUCUUCCAACACACCUGGUUUCAGAGUCCCAUCUCUUAAUUCCCCCAGGGAAGCAGGUGCUGGACAGUAAGGCCUGGGGACCUUUCCUAGAGCUCCCCCAGACCCAGGCCUCUCAGAUCAGCUGAGGCUGAGCCACCAUCCACCCACUUCACGGGCCUUGGGCUGACUGAGGCUGGGGCUGCUGGCCUGGCCCACAUUCACCUCUUUAGGCCUCAAUCAUCAACGCUGUCCUGGGUUAAUGGGGAAAUCCCUUUUUCAGGAAGUUGAGUGAAGACAUAGUCAUUAAUAAUGGAGAU